AUGAAGCUGCUCCUUGGCAUCGGAUCACUUAGUUUGAACGUUCUACUGAUUCUACUGCUCGUUCAAACAGCUUCUGCUAUCAUAUGUUAUGAUUGCCACUCUGAUCAAGGAACAUGUAAUGAAGGUGAAUGUGAAGGAAUAGUUUGUAUUAAGAUGGAAACAUCGAACAAAGAUAAUGAUAGAAAAACUAUUCAAAAAGGUUGUGGAGAUGAGCAUGAGGAGGUUUCAUGUCAACAGUCUGGUUUUGGGAGCAAGUGGAUGUCCAGAUGCGUGUGUGAUAGGCCGUUUUGUAAUGGGGAUCAGGCUUUAGUAGAAGCAGGCUUGGAACCUUCCUCGGCUCCUCCUCCGCCUGGACAUUUCACACAGUUCGCCUUAUUAGUAGCUAUUUUGGUAUUUGUAGGAGCAAGUUGCUCACUAAUUGUUAUAGCAACUAUUUGCGUCCAGUUCUGUUAA